CAUGAAACUAUAAAAGCUGAAUCUCAGGCCUAGGCGUGUUUUGCUGACUCUCUCCAGGGAAGGCUGCGUUUCUCAGAAUGUGGCUGAGUCAUCACUACAGAGUGGGAAGGGCAGCAACAGCAGAGAAUCCAAACCCUAAAGCUGAUAUCACAAAGUACCAUUUCUCCAAGUUGGGGGCUCGGAGGGGAGGCACCAUGAGCGAUGUUACCAUUGUGAAAGAAGGUUGGGUUCAGAAGAGGGGAGAAUAUAUAAAAAACUGGAGGCCAAGAUACUUCCUUUUGAAGACAGAUGGCUCGUUCAUAGGAUAUAAAGAGAAACCUCAGGAUGUGGAUUUACCUUAUCCCCUCAACAACUUUUCAGUGGCAAAAUGCCAGUUAAUGAAAACAGAACGACCAAAGCCAAACACAUUUAUUAUCAGAUGUCUCCAGUGGACUACUGUUAUAGAGAGAACAUUUCAUGUAGAUACUACAGAGGAAAGAGAAGAAUGGACAGAAGCUAUCCAGGCUGUGGCAGACAGACUGCAAAGGCAAGAAGAGGAAAGAAUGAACUGUAGUCCAACGUCACAAAUUGAUAACAUAGGGGAGGAGGAGAUGGAUGCUUCUACAACUCAUCAUAAGAGAAAGACAAUGAAUGAUUUUGACUAUUUGAAACUACUAGGUAAAGGCACUUUUGGGAAAGUUAUUCUGGUACGAGAGAAAGCAAGUGGGAAAUACUAUGCUAUGAAGAUUCUGAAGAAAGAAGUCAUUAUUGCAAAGGAUGAAGUGGCGCACACUCUAACUGAAAGCAGAGUAUUAAAGAACACUAGACAUCCCUUUUUAACAUCCUUGAAAUAUUCCUUCCAGACAAAAGACCGUUUGUGUUUUGUGAUGGAAUAUGUUAAUGGGGGAGAG